GAUGGGGCAGAGACCGGCUGCUCGCUGCCUCGGGAGUUACUGGUUUAUCUGGAUCCAGAUUAUAACCAGGAGCUGAGAGCAAGGGCGAGGAGGGAGCUAUGGCCAUGAUCGGGACCCUGGGGCUGCUGGUAAUCUCCCAGCUCCUGGUAAAGGCCGGAGCCCAGGAGCUGAUUGUAGAACCUUUCGGACCGAGUGGGCCCGCGGGACCCCCGGGCAAGGACGGAAUCGAUGGUGAGCCGGGACCAGCGGGUUUGCCAGGCCCUCCGGGUGUACCAGGGGAACCAGGAGACCCCGGGAGUCCUGGACCUCCUGGCCUUGCUGGCCUUCCAGGAAUCGAUGGUCUGCCUGGUCCGGAUGGAAUUGCUGGUGCUGAUGGAGCCCUUGGUGAAAGGGGAGACCCCGGACCACCAGGACCACCAGGCGUGUCCAGAUUAACAGAACCGGGGAGGAUUGGCGAUCUGGGACCUCAAGGAGAUGUUGGACUGCCAGGUGCUCAGGGCCCUCAAGGGCAACGGGGUGAAGAUGGUCUACCUGGACUUCCAGGACCACCUGGACCUCCCGGACCCCCGGGUGAGCCUGGGCUUUACACAGGAGAAGGAAGUGGUGACUUUUCUUGCCCGGCUGUCUGCCCUCCUGGUCCUGCUGGUCCUCCAGGAAUGCCUGGCUUCAAGGGACACACAGGGCACAAGGGAGAGCGUGGAGAACCAGGCAAAAGAGGUGCCCAGGGGGAUCCUGGACCUCCUGGUGUGUCAGGUAUCCCUGGACCAAUCGGAUUACAGGGUCCUCGAGGAUUGAGAGGCCUUCUUGGGAAACCUGGGCCUCCCGGUGACAGGGGUCCCACAGGAUUCCGUGGACCAGUCGGUCCUCCUGGUCCCCCUGGCAAAGUUGGAGAUAAAGGUCCCAAAGGACACAUUGGAUUCCAAGGAACAAAGGGAGAUCCGGGCAAGAUUGGUCCCAGAGGUCUGCCUGGAAUCGCAGGACACAAGGGUGAACUGGGAAUUCCAGGUCGGGAUGGACGAGACGGAAAUCCAGGAAUCAAUGGUGAAAAGGGCGAGCCUGGACAUAAUGGGGCUCCUGGAGAGAAAGGUCCAGUGGGACAGCCAGGAUUACCUGGAAAGCCAGGACCUAAAGGAGCCAGUGGUGAACUGGGAAGUCAAGGUCCAAUGGGUGGCCCAGGACCCCAAGGACCUCCUGGGAGUGCGGGACCUUUGGGAGACUCAGGAAUGAUGGGAGAACGUGGACCAAGAGGAGUUGAUGGGGAGAUGGGACCUCCUGGGGGACGUGGAAUCCGGGGUCGGAGAGGCUUCCAGGGUCGUAAAGGUGAAAGUGGUGAGCCAGGUGUCCCAGGACCGACAGGAAUCCGUGGGGACUUUGGGGAAAGGGGCCCUGUUGGAGCAUCAGGUCCCAAAGGUAACCAGGGACUUGCAGGUUCUGAUGGACUUCCAGGAGAAAAAGGAGAAAUGGGUCAGCCAGGACCGCAGGGACAGAAGGGAGAGCCAGGAGUUCGUGGUGAGGUGGGGCCCAAAGGGAACCCUGGUCCAGCUGGGUUUCCUGGGACAGAUGGUGUUCCUGGUCCUCCUGGGCCAGUGGGUAUAGCCGGAGAGCGUGGCAUCCCCGGAACUUCUGGAAAACCAGGUUCUCCUGGAAGACUUGCAAGUGAGCAACAGAUCCGGGAACUCUGUCAUGGCCUGAUCAGUGAUCAGAUUGCAUUAUUAGCUAAUAAUCUGAGAAGGCCAAUGGCCCCUGGAAUGAUAGGAAGACGUGGCCCCCCUGGUCCUCCAGGUCCACCAGGGCCAAAGGGCGGAGUUGGCCAUCCAGGCAGUCGAGGAUCACCAGGAUUGACUGGACCAUCUGGAGAACUUGGUGACACAGGCCCGCGAGGUGACCAUGGUGUAAAGGGAGACAAGGGAGUUAUCGGUAAAUCUCAUGGUGGCUUGGUAGGACCUCAAGGGCCGGCAGGGCCCCCAGGAGUCAUGGGACUGAGUAAGAAUGGGCGAGACGGAGCACAAGGGGACCCAGGCCCUCCAGGAGAGUCAGGACGACCUGGAAGAAAUGGCGCCAUGGGAACACCAGGAAUCUGCGAUACCUCGGCCUGCCAGGGAGCUAUUGCAGCAGUAAAAUCAGGGUCUCCUAAAAAGUCAUGAAGAGUGUGAUCACAUAAGAAAAUAAGAAGAUAACUUGAAACGAAGCCCAGUUCCUCCUGAGAUUGACUGAAUCGAAAGAGACAACAAAAUCAAGGACAAUUUAUCAACAUUUUGGCUCCUGAUAUCUAAGUGUCUUAUAAAUAUGUUUGAGAAGGUGCUAAAACAGACACUUUGCUUUUUACCAUGUGUUCCUUCAUUAUUUUUCCAAUUCUGUUUGAGAUCUGUAAAGAUUUUCUGCCUUUUCUGGUUAGAAUGUUCCGUUUUUUAAAAUACUUAUUUCUUUAGUUUGGCUCCUCCAUUUGUUCUCAUUGUUUCUUACAAAAUACUAUAAUUAGAAAUGCUUACCUCAAUUAGACGCACCCUAUUGUAAUUAUUGAUGUUACAACAUCUGAACUGUGAGGGGUUAUACUGUACAUAUGAUAUAAAUCUAAUGAUUAUAGUGUUUUGUAUAGUACCCUAAAUUUAAAACCAGCAACUCUAAAUUUCAGACAUUUAAGUAACCAAUUGUUAUUAACAAAUGAGAUUUAUAGUAUUUGUGCCUGCAUUUUUUUCUCUUUCCUGAAUGUUCACUUUUCCUAGUUUAAUAAUUUUUUUGUGGAAAUUACAAGUUUUUGUGAAUUCUAAGUAACAAUUUAUGGCUUGUUGUUACGAUAUUCUGUCCCAUUUUGUAACAUUUUCCAUAAAUGAAUAAAUCCCUGUCAUACUCCUGCAUCCACAAUGAACGGUAACCAGUCAGUAUCCUUGAUUUUAAAAUAAUAUUUAUUAAUUGUGGGUGCCUGUUGUCUGUAAAAUAAAGCUGUUACCACCAUCUGUUGUAAGAUAAUGAAUAAAGCCACUUUUCAGAAAAAAAUAAAACUUAACUCAGUCCCAGAAAUUGACAAUAAACUAAGUUCCAACUCAGACAAGAAGGCAGUCCUAUGUAUAUAUGAACAUCAGCUUGUAUAUUAAGAGGAAGAUGAGAUUUUUUUUAAGCACAUCAAAUUAGUGAUCUGGAAUUUGCAACCUGAAAGGGCAUUGGAAACAGAUUCAAACAUAAAUUUCAUAAGAAAGUCAAAAGAAAAGUCAGUGGUGAGCCCAAGGACUGGAAAAGAAAUUGAUAUCAAAAAGUGGAAAAAGCAAAAUAGUACAAUGGGGAAAUGGAAUGGGUUCACUGAAUAAUUUUUCAAAGGAGCUGGAACAUGUUAAACACCAGAGGUUAAAAGUUACUUAGAUACAUUUCAGGCAUGUACUUUUCUGGUCACAGUUUUACUUCAACUUACACCUUACAGGAUGCCGACAAACUGUUCCCCAUAUGUAAAAUAUAUAUUCAAAAAUAUAUAUCCAAUUUUCACCCAACUAUCCCUUAAUAAACAUAUAACCAUAAUCUGUUCCCGAGUUUAAUUAAGUCUCCGGUAUCUCUGCCAGACUCUCUGAAAUGGUAAUGGCACAGGCAAUGGUUAAAUCGCCUCCUGUUAUUACUGGGAAAAGCUAGAUAUAUUUUCUUGCUCUUUCUGUGACCUACUGAAGGAAUACCAGUACAACAGAAAGUUGAAAUGAUAGUCUAAGACUGUGUGCUGGCUAAACCAAAGUCACUGACCUCUAGUAUCAUAUUGUGUUAAAAAGCCAUAUGUCUUAUUGACAGCUCCAGUGCAUACUUUAAGGAAGUUCUUUAUUUUGUAUAGAUGUCAGUAAUCUUUGAUAGCAAGGUGGCAGCCUGGGGAGAAUAUCUUAUAACAGCAUACAACAGACUUUUAAAUGGAACAGUAUACUGAAAUAAAAUAGUACUGACGUAUAUGAUAUAUAAA